AUGUCUGAAUCAGUUUAUAUGAAUUUAAAAAUUCUAUAUUCUUUAGAAAAUAGUGAAUCCAUCGUAACCACAUACCUCUCAAGAUCCAAGACUUCUAAAGAAGUUCAAGUAAUGACUGUCGCAUUAAACAGCGGUGGAGAUAAUAAUGAAACAAUCAAUUCUAAAAUUGGUGCUGUGCCACUACAUGAUGUUUUAGAUGAAAUUUACGAAAGUUCACCAGAAUUAAUAGACCAUAAAGUGGAAACACAGGGGUUCGAUUACAAUAUAUAUUAUAAAGAUGUUUGUGAAAUUGGAGAACCUUUAGUGAGCUUAGGUUUCUUAUCGAAAAUACGAUCUCAGAAAGAGAAUAAAGAACUUAUGGUUAAAAGUUCUGCGAUAGAAAAUGAAGAUGAAGAUGAAUUAAUUGUAAUAGGGAGCGUUUGCUCUAACUUUGCAUCUUUGUUAAAAAAAUCCUACAUAAAUUCCAGCAAAAAAGGUAAUAAUAAACUAAUGGGUAAACUAAAGGAUAAUGUUAGCAUAGAAACUUUGGAAAUAAAAUUACAAUUUUCAAAAAUCUUUAAACAAACAGUUAAACCUGCAGCUACAAAAUACGUCAAACCAGCUGUAAAAGGAGUACGAUCAGCAGUAAAAAGACAAACGAAUCCUAAACCUGCUCCAAAGGCCAUAAGGACACAAUCAUUACCAAUAUGGAACCCAAUGCAAGUUCCUGGGCAAGCUUUACCUGCAAGUUCUAUUGCACAUAAAAUUUAUAUGGCUGACAAACAAAAUGAAACCAAGAAUUCAUGUAAUCAACCAACCAACAAUAGCCAAAAGGGACGUGUAAACAUAAAUAGUAAGGUUAAAAUUAAUGAUUCAGUUAGUAAAAGGUUUGAUUUUAUGUUAAAGAAAAAAAAGACCACAAAAUUUGUUAAAAGUCCAAAUCCUAACACCGCUACCAGAGCUCACAGAAUGAACACAACACCCGUAAUAAUGGAAUCAAAUUUUGCAUCUGCUACGUUUAAGGAAAAAUCUACUAAAAAUAUAAAUCAAAUUCAUAGAAAAAAUUCAAUUGAUUUUGGUGAUAUUGCUAAUUUUGCCAAUAAUAAACUAAGUAGUAAUUUGAAGAAAGUCACUAAUUUUGAAGAACAAAAUUCACUGGAAGCAGACAAGGAAAAUAUUCAACCUUCAACUCUUAAUGGAAAACCUAACAGUUCUGCAAUUAAUAUGAACAGUAAUGCUAAUGCUUUUAAUUUAUUAACCUCACCUGAUUUCAAUUUGAAGAAAGAUUUAGAUUGGUUAGAUGAUUAUGAUAUUUUCAACUCAUCGAUUAUUAAUAAUGAAUCUGUCAAUGUCAACGCUCUUUUUACCACACCUAACGAUGCCAACGCUUGCAAUACUAAUCAAACAGAGGAAUUAGAUAAUGAUUUCCCUAAUUCUAAUGAUUUUGAAGUUCAGGCAGUAGACAUGCAGACUGCAGUAACGAAUGAAAUUGGUAGGACCUCUCCUAUGACGAAACAACAUAAUAAUGGUAACAUAAACGCAGAUUUAGAUAAUUCUAAUGAUGUUGAUAAUACUUCAAUUGUGUUUGCUCCAACUUCAGUAAUUAAUUCUCCUGAUGGUGAAAAAUCAGUAGAAAUCUCAGACAAUUUUGUAAAUUCCAUCAAUGUCACAUCAAAACGUCCGUGCGAAAGUGAAUUGGAAUAUGAAGUGAACAAUAAUAUAAAGAAGCAAAGGACAAUACCAUCUUCACCAGUGAAUAUGUUCCAAUAUCAAGCAACUGAUGAUAAUGAUAAUGACAGUGUUGACCCUAUCAAUUCUGAUGAUAAGAAUGAAUUAUUUUCUUCAUAUAUUAAUGUAAAAUCUUACAACUACCAAAACAGUCAUAACUCCACUCCUGUCUCAUCAUAUUUAGCUAACUCAAGCGACGCAUUGGAUGACUUUCAAAAGUAA